GAGAAGAAGGGGUGUAAUUCGUAAUUGUGGUGUCUUCAAACCUAUAGUUAUAGUAGCAAAAUAUAGCCGUUACACUCAUUCAUUCAUUCUUCACACUCCGAGUGUUGCUUUAUUUUGUUCUUCAGAAGAAAACCUAACACAUCACACACAAAAAAAAAAAAGGGGAAAAUGAAAAUGAAAGAAACUUCAAAAUCCGAUUACGAAUCUCUCAGAAACGCUCGUAUGUCAGAAAACAAGGCUAGGUUAGAAUCUUUGGGUAUUUUGAAUAAAGUUUCAAAUCUUCGAGAAGCUUCUACUCCAACUAAGAAACAACAACGUACACCUGUUAAAAGGGUUUAUGGUCUUACUCCAGUGCGUCGAUCUCAGCGAAUCAAGGAUGUUUCCACCGGCACAGUUACUGUAGCCGCAACGCUUGACGGGCUUCUGCCUCGACGAUCUAACCGUUUGAAAAGUAGUUUCAGUUAUGCUGUUACGCCAAAACAAGAAAAGGUAACUGCAGAAAAUGGGGAAGAAGAGGAGAAGGGCUGUAUUGUAACUACAGAUAAAUGGGAAGAUGAGAAAAGGCCUGCGAAUGCCCCUCUCAUUGAACUGAACCCGAAGGAUGUAGAGCAUUUUCUUUCAGCAGAGACUUCUGCGCGGCGCUGCGAUAGCAAGGGUAGAGGCAGUAUCUACAAUCCAGUUUUGGGGAUAUGCUGCCACUUUUGCAGGCAAAAGAAAUUGUGUGGGGAAGAAGAUUGCAAGAGAUGUGGGAAUUGUGAUGUGAAUGAACCUUGUUUAGGAAAGACUGAUUGUUCAGCGUGUCACUCAAGCAAUGGUGUCUUUUGUCGAGCCUGUCUCAAGGUUCGUUAUGGUGAAGAAAUGGAGGAGGUGAGAGAGAACAAGGAAUGGAUGUGCCCACAUUGCAUAGAAGAGAAAGGAAUAAAACCUUAUUGGAUAUGUAACAGCUCAAUAUGCAUGAGGAAACGAAAGAUGUCGCCAACUGGGAUCGCAAUACACACAGCUCGGGAAAUGGGAUAUGAAUCAGUAGCACAUCAACUAAUGGAAGAACUUAAACGUGGAAACAGACUCACAAGAUAAGAGGUUGGCAUGUAAGUUCAGCCUGUAAUCUGUAGUUAUUUUCUAACUUAGUAGAAUUUUCUAAUUAAUAUUGACACCAAAAUUGUACUUGUGGCACUAGUUUGCCUUUAUUGUUAGAUUAGAAUUGUCUAGUCCAUUUAUUUUCUGAGGAACAAUUUUCAUUGUUGAUAUAUAUGUAAGCAUUGUUGAAUGUCUUUA